AUGGCGGUGGUGGCACGGGGGUCCCGGGGCGGCGGGCGCAGAUCCCGCUCCGCGCAGCUCCGAUCCCGACUCUUCUGGAAAGUUCGGGCCGGGCCCGCAGCCCCGCCGCCUCAGCAGCCGGCCCCACCCCGGAAGUCCUGUCCCGCCGCGCGCCGGGCCCGGGCGAGUGGCCCACCAAUGGCUGCUCGGGAGGGGAAGGCGCUUGGCCAAUCAGCGCCCGCCUCCGCCGCCGACAUUGAGCGCGGCCCCGCCCCGCCCCGCGUGGGCGGUGCCGUCCCUGCCCAGCGUCCGCCUCGCCUUGCGCCUGCGCCGCGGGCCGCUCCCGCCCUCAAAGGCACCGAGCUACACCGGGUACGCUCCGCCGGCCCGGCCGUCGCCUUCCGGCAGCGCUCCGCGCCUUUCCCCCCUCACCCUACGCGGGCUUGGCUCCGCCGCCACAAGGCCGGCCAGCGCCCCGGCCCGCUUCACUCCACUGGCCCUUUGCGAGGGCCCAGCGCCCAUCCCCGGGUGCGCGGGCCCAGUGCGCCUGCGCGGACCUACGCGCCUUGGCGGGCGCCUCCCUCUAGUCACGUGGGAAACGCGCUACCGCAGCUGAUUGGCUGUGGUGGCGGCUGCGGCGGCGCGAACAUCACGCGCGAGAAACUUGAACCAAGUUAG